ACUCAGAAUCCUCUUCUAACGAAAUUUCUCAUAUCGCAUUUCAUUUGAUCUCAAUGCGAACCGCGAAUGGACGCGAUCAAGCCACUUCCUCAGGUCUCGAGCUUCUCCGCUUCAGUCUUUAGCUUCCUCGAUGACAGGUUCAGAGACGCCGCGGAUCUCUCCCAAUCACCCGCUCUGGUCUCCGAAUUGGAAACCGAGAUUUCCGAAUUGGAUCAGAGAUUAGCCGGGCUGAACCGCCAGCUCGAGUCCGGUUUAGCUUCGUACGCUUCGUUCUCCGAUCGCAUCGGCGGUCUACUCAUCGGAGUCAAUGCCAAAUUAGCUGAUCUCUCUUCUUCUCGCUCCGCGUCAGAUGGCGGAAAGGAGGAGGAGACGAGGGAGCAUGUAGCUGGGGAGGAGCUUCCAUCACUGGCUAAAGAAGUAGCACAAGUUGAGUCUGUGCGGGCUUAUGCUGAGACUGCAUUAAAGCUAGAUACUUUAGUUGGUGAUAUAGAGGAUGCUGUCAUGUCUUCUUUGAAUAAAAACUUGCGAACAUCUCGGUCAAGUGGUUUUGAAGAAGUGCGUCUACACGCUAUCAAAACACUUCAAAAGACAGAAGAGAUACUGAGUUUAGUGGCAAAGAAGCAUCCUCGCUGGGGACGUCUUGUUUCUGCAGUUGAUCAUAGAGUGGAUAGAGCUUUAGCUAUGCUGAGACCUCAAGUGAUCGCUGAUUAUAGAGCGUUGCUUACUUCUCUUGGAUGGCCACCUCAGCUUUCUAACUUAACUUCAUCGAGCCUUGAUUCGAAGUCUGAUGAUGUCCAAAAUCCGCUUUUCAACAUGGAAGGGAACCUCAAAACUCAGUAUUGUGGAAACUUCCAUGCUCUGUGUAGCCUGCAGGGUCUGCAGCUGCAAAGAAAGUCGCGGCAGCUUGGGAGCCAUAAGGGUGAAAAUGUUCUCUUCCACCAGCCACUCUGGGCUAUUGAAGAGCUGGUUAACCCUCUGACUGUUGCAUCUCAGCGACAUUUUGCAAAGUGGAGCGAAAAGCCUGAAUUCAUUUUUGCACUUGUGUAUAAAAUCACAAGGGACUAUGUGGACUCUAUGGAUGAGUUACUGCAACCGCUUGUUGAUAAAGCAAAACUAGCUGGGUACAGUUGCAGAGAAGAGUGGGUUUCGGCUAUGGUGAGCUCAUUGUCUUUGUACUUGGUGAAAGAGAUAUUCCCUACUUAUGUUGGUCAGCUAAACGAACCUGAUCUUAGUUCUGAGGCUAAGGUUUCGUGGCUCCAUCUCAUUGACCUGAUGAUCUCUUUUGAUAAGCGAGUCCAGUCUCUGGUAUCUCAAUCAGGAAUACUUUCGCUUCAAGAAGAUGGGAAUCUUCUGAGAAUCUCCUCUCUUUCAGUUUUCUGUGACAGACCUGAUUGGCUCGAUAUAUGGGCAGAGAUAGAGCUAGAGGAGAAGCUCGUCAAGUUAAAGGCGGAGAUGGAUAACGACAGAAACUGGACGGUGAAGGUUCAAGACGAACUCAUCUCCACUUCAAACGUUUACAGACCACCAAUUGUUUCCAGCAUCCUUCUGCAGCACUUGUCAUCAAUCAUAGAACGAUCCAAAUCAGUGCCUGCCAUUUACUUGAGAGCAAGGUUCCUGAGACUGGCAGCCUCGCCAACAAUCCAGAAGUUCUUGGAUUGCCUUCUUCUCAGGUGCCAAGAAGCGGAAGGACUAACGGCUUUAACCGAAAAUAACGAUCUAAUCAAGGUCGCAAGCUCUAUCAAUGCUGGUCACUACAUUGAAUCAGUCUUGGAAGAAUGGUGUGAGGAUGUCUUUUUCCUCGAAAUGGGAAAUGGACAGGACAAUCCACAGGAAGCUCCGGGACAGGAGAACUUUACAGAACCUUCUGAAGGUAUUUUCGGAGAAGAGUUUGAGAAGCUGGAGAAGUUCAGACUAGAGUGGAUAAACAAGUUGUCUGUGGUGGUCUUGAGAGGCCUUGAUGCUCGGACUCGAGAGUACAUUAAAAACAGAAAGCAAUGGCAGGAGAAGAGAGACAAAGAGUGGACGGUGUCGAGGGCACUAGUCGGGGCUCUAGACUACUUACAAGGCAAAACGUCGAUAAUAGAAGAAAAUCUAAACAAAGCAGACUUUACAGCUACGUGGAGGAGUCUAGCCUCAGAGAUAGACAAGCUGUUCUUCAACAGCAUCCUGAUGGCGAAUGUGAAGUUUUCUGAUGAUGGAGUCGAAAGGUUUAGAGAGGACAUGGAGGUUCUAUAUGGGGUUUUCAGGGCGUGGUGUGUUAGACCGGAAGGGUUCUUCCCUAAACUAAGCGAGGGGCUAACACUUCUGAAGAUGAAAGAGAAGCAAGUAAAGGAGGGUCUGACCAGAGGCGAGAAAUGGUUACGUGAGAAUGGGGUUCGAUAUUUGAGUGAAGCCGAAGCCAAGAAGAUAGCAAAGAGUAGAGUGUUCUCUUAAGUUUGAUGAUGCUUUGCAAAUCUUCAUCUCAUUGAUAUCCUAGGAGAGUCGGACUAUAAAGGUACAUUCAUAUGUGUUGGCUUAGAUACGCACAGUUCGAAUAGGCGUGUGUGAUCAUUUCAUUUAUUUGUGGAUUAUAAAACUCAAAGUCUGGAUUUUGAAAUGAAGUUUUAACUAACAA